AAAUGAGUGGUGUGCCCAAGUUUUGGUUUGAAAUUUUUUGACCGUGUGUGCAGCUUGGUUUGGUUGGUUUAGUAUUUUUUGUUGCGUGGCGGCCAGUUUUUGUGCUGAAAUUUGUGUCCUGACAGUCCCUUUUGCUUCGAUGCUUUUUCGAUUUUGUGAUUGGUCUUUGGUUUUUGUUCUGGCCGCUAUUGGCCCAGUUGUCUUGUCGUUGUCGAUCUCUGCUGCUGUUGGCCCAAGUCGCUUUCUGGUUUGCUAUUUGUCAUCGCGUCGUGUAUCGGUUCCUGUUGGGCCAGUCGUCAUGUCGCAAUCUGAUCCUGUCGCUAUCGUUGCGUGCGUGCCGCUGUUGGUUUGGUCGGUGUUUCCUUCUAAUAGAGCGGCACCGCUUCGAUGCGUUGGUUCGGGAGUCUGCGAGAUCGGUGCCGCUUUCCUCGUGGUUUCUGGAGAUCUUGCCGCUUACGGAGCCUAUAAACAGAUGGCUUUCUUUUUCGUGAUGUUGCCUGGGGCUUUCGUUGGUGUCUCUUACGUGGGUAUUAGUUCGAUGGUUUCUUUUUCGUCCAGUCGUAAUGGACCGCGUCGUUCUGGACGGCCUUCUGGUUCGCGGGGGGCUACUGUUGGUCGGCGCGGUGGCUCGGCCGGUGGUGCUGCUCCUGCUGUUUUGCCGGAUCGGUCUGCUUCAUCUUGUCAUUCUCGCCCGUCUUCUCAGGUUGGUCACUUGGGGCGGGGUUCGACUUCUCCGCGGGUUGGUCGCUCUGGGCGGGGUUCGAUUUCUUCCCAUGUUUGUUUUGUGCGAUCUCCUGCUUCGGUGGAUCUUGCGGCGCAAUCUGGUGGUGAUGUUUCUGCUGGACGACGCAGGGAGGAGAUCCGGUUGGGCAAGCGUCCUGGCAUCGUCUCCACGGCCCUUUCUCGAUCUCCAAUUCUCCAUCGAAGUUGUGCUUUCUGUCCUUUUUCACGCACCACGAUCAAGCCAUGCGGGGAGCGCAACCGUCGAAGGCGAGCAGGUGAGGUUGAUCUUGACGGCGUCCUACUGCUCGCCGGCAAGACCGUCCCAUGGGGAGCGCCGCCUGUCUCUCCUCAGGCACGCAGCCUAUCCACUCCAGCGCCGGUUCCUCGUGCCUUUGGCGUCAUCGGGGCAUCACCGCCUCUCCCUAUGCCUCUUGGUAUGUGGGACACGCUGUGUCCCUCGCCUUGCACCUCUGGACGUCGCCCUGUUCUAUCUGCCUUUCUUCUUAGAUCAUUCAUGUGCAGCAUCAGGAGGGGCGGUGGUACGGUUUGGCUUUGGAAGCUGGCCAUCAAAUCCUGUUGUACAGUGUUGCUGAGAUGCAACACAAAAAUUUGAGUGGCGGUCUCAUGGUGGCCGUAGGGCCUCGACCUGCUCUUCGAUCCUUUUCUCUUUUCUUUCCUCCGAGAUGGAAUUGUGCUCCGUUCGCCACAUCCCCGAGCAUGCACCGCCAUGGUCGGAUCCUAGCGGCCUGCGGCCUUCCUUGGCGACAGGUGUCACGGUCCAUGGCGUUGGUGGAGGAGACGAUCGACACGGCGGGCAGCUACAACACGAAAUCCUGUAUGUUGAGAGCCUGGCCGUGAGCACACGAGCGGAGGGACGACAACACAGCGGAGCUGUUGAAGCUCCAGCAGUUCGGCUUCUCCCUGUCCGCACAAGAGAAGCAGGUUUCGCCGGCCACUUAUCUUUCUGAUUUUCUAGCUAGAAAUUGGUGUGCUUCACUUGUUAGUUAUUUCUUAUAAAGAAUGAAAAUGUAUCGAGGAUCGAUUCGAGAAGAAACUUAGCUGCUGGAAGGGUAAGCUUAUGUCAUAUGGAGGACGACUAGUAUUGAUUAAUUCAAUACUAACGAGCAUGCCGAUGUUCCUCCUGUCUUUUUUCGAGGUGUCCAAAGGGAUACGCAAGAGAUUAGACUUUUAUCGAUUUAUCGAUCUCGAUUCUUCUAGCAAUCUAACGAGAUUAAGACAAAAUAUUGUCUGGUAAGAUGGGAUAUUAUUUGUCGACCAAAGGACGGGGGUCUUGGGAUUGAAAAUCUCGAGGUGAAAAAUAAAUGCUUGUUGAGUAAAUGGCUAUAUCGACUAUCGCUGCAUUCUGAAGGAAUGUGGGCCUAGAUUCUUCGCAACAAGUAUUUACACUUCAAAACUCUAGCCCAGGUUACUUACGACCUAAUGAUUCACCAUUUUGGAAGGGACUCAUGCGAGUGAAAGAAACUUUCUUUCAUAGGGUGAAGUUUAAUGUUGGGGACGGCUCAACAAUAAGGUUUUGGGAGGAUACGUGAUUAGGUGAUACAUCGCUAGCUCUUCAAUAUCCUUCCCUGUAUCAUAUUGCUCAAAGCAAGGAAGAGUUCAUAGCAACGGUGAUGCAAACGGUACCCUUGAAUAUCCAGUUCAAACGAUCUCUAGUUGGGGAACGCUGAACUUCUUGGCUACACUUAGUUAGGAGGCUAAUGGAAGUGCACCUUUCCGAUGAGGAAGAAUCUUUUAGAUGGAAGCUCACGAGUAGUUGCUUAUUUAUGGUCAAGUCUAUGUACUUAGAUCUCAUCAAUUCUGGCCCAAUCCUACGAUUGCUUCAUAUUUGGCGAGUUAAAGUGCCCUUACGAAUUAAGAUAUUUAUGUGGUUUGUUCACAAACAAGUGAUCCUAACCAAAGAUAACUUAUUGAGGCAGAGAUGGGUAGGUAGCUCGAAGUGUUGUUUUUGUGAUCAGGAUGAAACAAUACAACACCUAUUUCUUGAUUGUCCUCUUGCUAAGUUACUUUGGCGGUCGGUGCAUGUAACCUUUAAUAUUUCACCUCCUAAUAGCAUAGAAGCUUUGUUUGAAACGUGGCUUGAUGGGGUGAAUUUUCAUAUCGCGUGUAAUAUUCGGAUCAGAAUAUGCGCACUUAUUUGGGCUAUAUGGAACUGUACGAAUGAUAUGAUU